AUGGCGCAGAUAGAUUCACAAAGCGUUCCGCCUUCGGGUUUUCCCCAGACCAGUUCCCCGGUCCCCGGCACUGCGCCGCAGACCGCCGUGGACGGCGCGUCGUCGCCUGCCGGCAUGUUUCCGCCAUCGCCUGGCUUCGGCGGCACGACGCCGCAAGUUUCCACGGUGCCUGGCAUGACCGUUCCAGGCGCCGGCGGAUACCCCGCGAUGACGAUGCGGAACUGGCCUGAGCACAGAGGCGGUGCAACCACCGCUGGCACCUGGCUCACUCACUGCUGCCAGCCACGCGCGACGAUGGAUUCCACUGCGGGGGGCCGCAACUACGACCAGGAGUACGGCGACAACAUGUGGAGGUGGACGCGGGAGGGCAAGCUGCAGCUGCGCUGCGGCCAGCCGCUGGUUCCAGUCCCCGUCAUCCAGGAAGUUCACCGCCGCGACAAGAUCAUCGAAGUGCCGCAGGUCGAUGUGGUCGACGCCGUCCGCCCCAAGGUGUAUAACCAGGGAGUGGAGCACGAAGUCCCGGUCAUGCAGAUCAACGCGGACCGCGAAGACUUUGACGUCGAGCAGAUCAAGUACGUCGAGAAAGAGGUUGUCGUCCCCAUCGUCACCGGCUUCACCCACAAGUUCGUCGCCAAAUGGGACAUACGCGAAGUCCCGCGCCCGGUUGUCAAGUACGUCGGCAAGCAGGAGGAAAUCGAAGUCGAAGUGCCCCAGGUGAAGUUUGUGGAUAAGGUCGUAGAGCACGAAGUCGUCGUGGAUACCAUCGAAAAGAAGGUCCCGAAGAUCAUCGAGGUCCCCAAGUACGUCGACGAGGUGAAGUACGUGUGGAAGCCCGUCGAGAAGAUUGUUCACGUCGAGAGAUUCGUUCCUGUCUUCGACGUCUCCCUCGAAUGUCCAGCGCCUCUCAUCGUGCCCUACCCCGUGCAAGCUGUCAAGGAGAUGCCCGCGGUCAUGGUCCGCAAGGAAGUCCCCGCGGCGGCGCUCGACGAGCAGGACGUCGACGUCCUCUCGCCGCCGGGCACUGUCCGCGUCCCCGAAGAGUAUAUCCGCGAGUACCACAAGACGGCGCCCGAGGGUGGUGUGGCGACGCUCUGCGGCCCGGGCGGCGCGGUUCUCUCACAGGAGCAAGAGGCGGAAGUCCAGUACGUCACGGCCGAGCAGAUCAAGGAAGCCCGCGGAUCCGCUCCUUCUGAUGGCUCUGUCACCGACAGAGGAGUCGCGAGGGACUCCCUUGCCGAGUCCCUGCAGGAGGAAGGCCUCGAGAGACAGGGCAGCGGUCGCUCCGCGCCGGGCUCCGAGCCGGAGGUGCAGUGA